AAGGCCUUGGAGGCAGGAUGGAAAAGACAGUAAUUACAUAAGAGCACUUGGCGAGCAUCUGGCUGGAGUCAGCUGGGCCCUGCCGGCCCUCCCUCCCGCGCUGCUAACCAGGAGCAGCUGAGGAUACAGGAUACAGAUAACUCAGCGUGGGACCCCUGCAGAGGGGAGCGGAGGUCACCAUGGACAUAACCUACCUGCGCACAUCCCUGACCUUCCUUUUUCUCCCUCUUGUUGUGUUUGGGGCACCCGCUGAUGAACCCAACCUCACAGAACCAGGCCCUGGUGCUUGCAAGCGCUGUUGUGACUCACUGGACUCUUCCACAGAUACCCCACCAGUCCCUCCCAGCCACCACCACUUUCCCUACCCAGUGCCAGAGGUCCGUCCCUAUAUCAACAUCACCAUUCUGAAGGGAGAGAAAGGAGAUCGGGGAGAGCCUGGGAUGCCAGGGAAAUGGGGCAAAGAAGGACCACGAGGCGAGCGGGGCGCCCAGGGCCAGAAAGGCAGUAAAGGACAGAUGGGCACAGCGGGAGACCCCUGCAAGCAUCAGUACGCUGCAUUCUCUGUCGGUCGCAAGAAAGCGCUGCACAGCAGCGAGGGCUUCCAGGUCUUGAUCUUUGACACUGUCUUUGUCAACCUCUACAGCCACUUCGACAUGUUCAAUGGCAAGUUCUACUGCUCGGUGGGUGGACUUUACUAUUUCAGCCUCAAUGUCCACACCUGGAACUUCAAGGAGACCUACAUGCACAUCAUGCACAACGAAGAAGAGGCGGUCAUCCUGUAUGCCCAACCCAGUGACCGCAGCAUCAUGCAGAGCCAGAGCCUCAUGCUGGAGCUCCAGGAAAAUGAUGAGAUCUGGGUGAGGCUCUACAAGCGGGAGCGGGAGAAUGCCAUUUACAGUGAUGAUGUUGAUGUGUACAUCACCUUCAGCGGGUACUUGGUCAAGCCCAGCAUUGAAUAACUGCCUCUCAUCUUCCUUGGGGCCUCUUAGGCCUUUUCCUUUUUCCCCUCUCUCUCUCUCUUUCUGUCUCAAUCUUUCUCUCUCUUUACUGCCCGUAACCACUGCAAAUCACUUGGAAAUGGGCCUGUCAAAUCUCAGGCACUGAGUGUGAAACUUGUCAUGCUGGCUCCCACCUCACAUUCUCUUGUAGCCAGGCCUGUAUCUGUCCACUUUCCAUCAUGGCACUACCACCUCUUGCCCCUCACCUCAUAACCCCACCUUAGGUUAUUGGCUUCUUCUCAAUCCGCCAGCAAGCUCCCUCUGGCAUUUAGGCUUCUAGAGCAAGAGGAAAGCUAAAAUGCUGCUCCUGGGCCUGUGUCUCUCUUUGGGGCUUCAUACAUAAAGGUCUCCUGUGGAAAGGACUAGAAAGUCCCCACUGCCAAGGUACAUCCUGGCUCCUCUCCAUCCUAACUAGACAUACCAAUUUUGCAGCCUCAAACAAGGUCUUAAUGUCACAUCUGGUAUCUGGAUUCUGGAGAGGGGACUGGGAUCUGAUGGUCUCCUGUAGCACAAGGAAGAUGUAGAAGCACUGAGAGAGGAUAUUGUCUUUCCAAAAAGGGAGCUGUUGGCCUUCUAAACUGGCUUUCCAUGGACACCCUUCUUUGUCACAGAGUCCAGGCUGAUUGUCAAACCUAGACCUGGUGGGAUUUUCCUCCUCUGUUCCAGCUCUAGCUCUUCAAAGAGAUGAAGGGCCAGACACCUGGCCAGACCCUUCAUGGGCAUCUGCCCAUGAUUUAGUAGAGGCAACCAUUCUGUUCCCACUAGUGAUCACCAGUACAGAAUGAGAGAGAGAGAGAGAAAACCUUGAAGCCCCCCUCCCCUCCCACACCUCCCCUGGGGUGCUACUCAGUCUUGGCUCAACAGCUAUGGGAAGCUAGUCCAGAGAGCAAACCCAAAUCUGCUCUCCUUUGGCUGAGGUGCCAUUUCAUUGUCCUCCUGAAGGUGGUUCUCCCACACUGGUGUUGAAGGACCACUGUUUCAGGGCCUGAGCUCGAGGCUGUAGGGGCAAUUGCAGUUCAGUCAAUUCCAAACCUGAGCAGGCUGUCACUUCUUUGCCUCUGUGGUGGAACAGAGAUAGAGGUGAGACCACAGCACCUUGCCCAAGGGUUAAAAGCUUCCCUGCCGUAUGCUCCAUGCCCUUUUCUGGCAAUCUCAUCAGAGUAACUGAGAAAAGCAUGUGGCUAAAACAAACCCUCGCUCUUUUUGUCAGGUUGGAGAUGUCGCAGUGAGAAAGGAAUGCCAGUGGUAGGGUUUUCUAGUACUAUUUAUAUUGGUCUCACCCUGCUCCCACUCACAUCCCUCUGGAGGGGAUGCUGCAGUCCUGGGGGGAGCAGGUGAGGCUGGCUCAGCACUUUAGGAAACCUACUUCCACAUGUCGUGAUGCUCCCACAAACAGCAGUGCCAAGACUUGUCUCUUUUUUGAGUCUCAGGGCAGGAGAAGCAGGAGAAAUGCAAGUAUUUCUCCUCUGCUCAUCACUGAUCAUGAAAUCUUCAGACUUAACCGGGUUCUGCUGUCUCAAGAUUAGCCACAGUCUCUGCCUAUAGCACCUGGGACUGCCAGGGCUCUUCCAGACGAGAUGUGCAUCAUUAUACAAGAUUAGGUUUGGUACACACAGCCCAGGAUAGUAUAGGAACAGGGACCAAGGCUAAAUACUAAAACUGACCUUGAAAAAAUGGCAGGGCAUUUUCUCUCUUAUCCUCUUUACUUACUCUCCAUGCUUUUUUAGGGAAGCUGUACAGACUGUAGUAAGUCUUAGGAAAUUUGCUCUGGAUCCUCUCCACCACUGUCAAUGAGGCAAUGGGUGGAAAAAACAAAGUUUCACUAAGGCGAGGCUGAUUUUUUCACAGGGAAACAUGUGAUGAAGGGAUCAUGGAAACUAAAGGGGA